CAACGAGUCGGACACAGCCGAUAAGAGGAGACUUUCAUGGCGUUUGAGUUUGAUGACGUACUGGAGCAGAUCGGCUCCUUCGGUCGCUACCAGAAGUUCGCCAUCUUCAUCUUACUCUUCCCAAGCGGCUUCUUCAGUGCUUUUAUGAUGAAUCAGCUGUUAUUCCAAGUGGUAGUUCCGGACCACUGGUGUCAUGUCCCGGGCCGCGAGACCACAGGAAUGUCCACGGACGAGUGGCGGGCUCUGACCAUUCCCAGGUCCAAUAGUUCCGGAAGGUACUCCAGCUGCCUCAGGUACAAGGUAACGUGGAGUGGUAACGCAAGCUUCUCACCUAGUGAGGGAGAUAGUGCCAGCUUCUCUCCCAGUGAGGGAGAUAAUGCCAGUUUCUCUCCCAGUGAGGGAGAUAAUGCCGGCUUCUCUCCCAGCGAGGAAGAUAGUGCCAGCUUCUCUCCCAGCGAGGGACGAAAUGCAAGUUUCUUCCUCAGCAACAAAACGGAAGAGUGCCGGAGUGGAUGGGAGUUUGACUCUUCGCAGUUCAAGGCGACUCUGGCCACCACCAACCAGUGGUUCUGUGAGAGGGAGAGUUACUCCCAGCACGCCCUCGCUCUCAACAUGGCCGGAAACGCUUUCGGCACUUUAAUACUACCGUUUAUCGGGGACAAAUACGUCGGGCGUCGAGUGAUCCUGUACGUGGCCCUGGCGAUCCACGUGGUCUUCACUAUACCGCUGGUCUGGAUCUCCAACGUGGGCUUCCACCUGCUCUUCAGGUUCCUGGCCGGCCUGGGGUACCUCAGCUACAGCCUCGUACCCUAUGUCAUUGUGGUGGAGACAGUGGGAAGCAGGAGACGCGCCCUCACCACAGGCUUGUACUACGGCACGUGGACGGCCGGAAUGUGCUUCACUGCCCUAGUGGCUUUUCUGGUUCCCCACUGGCAGUACCUCGCUCUCAUCUCCUGCGUUCCACCCAUCAUAUUCUUACUCUUUCUGCGGUUGGUUCCUGAGUCGCCACGAUGGUUACUGUCCAAGGGUCGAGUGACGGAGUGUGCCAGGAUCCUGCUACAGGUAGCGAAGACAAACGGGAACCAGGAGGUGACGAAGCAAGACCUGAAGAAGAAACUCUGUGACAUUGUGGACAAACAGGUGGAGGAAGUCAGCAUUAAGAAUGCCUUGCGCUACCCGAUACUUCGCUGGAGGCUCGUCAGUCUGCUCACCAUAGCAAUGUGUGUGUACAUGUCGUACGGAGUGAUCCUGAUGGGCAUCAACGUCCUCCCAAGCAACUACUUCCUGAGUCACUUUAUCCUGUCGGUGAGUCAGCUGCCAGCGACUGCCACCAGCUGGGUGUUCAUGCAGUACCUGGGACGUCGCUUCUCCUCCAUGGCCUCUGCGCUGCUCUUCAUCGUCCUCUGCGUCGUGGCUACUUUUUGCACACACGACGCGUGGGCGCUGGUGGUGGUGAUAGGAGCUCUGAGACUGUGUCUGGCCGUGCAGAUGCAGGUGAUGUUUGUGCAGGUGGUGGAGCUCCUGCCCACCCCCGUCAGGAGCUCCGGCCUCGGGCUCUACACCGUCUUCGGGCUGUGUGCCAUGACAGCCUCUCCCUAUAUCCUCCAUUCUGGCCAGGGUUCCAGCUUCCACUACUGGGUGUUGGUGGGACUCAUGUUACUCUCCCUCAUCCUCUGCAUCCCUCUACCGGAGACUCUGGGGCAUGCCUUACCCCAGACCUUCCAGGAGGCCGAGGACCUUGGUUUUGGAAGACCCAUGGCUACCUGGAUCCACCACUGGAAUCUCCACAAAUAUCCAGCCGCCUCCAAUGCGGCUUGUUCUACCUGCAACUCCUGCAACCCAGACGAGCUGGAGCCACUGCAAGAUAUCGAAAACAGUACUUAACACUCCGUAAAGUUAAUAUCUAUUCGAGUGUACAGUUUAUCGUGGGUAAUAAUUAUCCAUUCAUCUGCACAAAUAAAUAACAUUCAUGUGUAUAUCGAUGAGAAAAUCAGUAGGAGCCGUGAGGUGGAUUCCAACCUAUGCACUCUUUGUGCAUAUGAAGAACACAGAUGCGUCGUGUGCUUGGAAAGUAUCUUUUGUAUCAUUGUUCACAAACAUAGAUAUCAUAGUCUGUCUUCGUAGCUGUCGGCAAAGUUAUUAUCUAUUUACACGUGUCUCGUGAAUCAACAUAACGCUAAUUAUUGUUCAACACAGCAUAAGUCUGAAGGAGAUGAGCGUGUACUCACCUAGUUGUGCUUGCGGGGGUUGAGUUUCGGCUCCUUGGGCCAGCCUCUCAUCUGUCAAUCACCUGCUGUAGAAAUUGCCGAGUCUAUUGGGCUCUGUCAUGUCAACGCUUGAAACUGUGUAUGAAGUCUGCCUAAUGAAUUCCAUUUGUUAAUUACCCUGACACUGAAAAACUUCUUCCAACGUCCAUGUCGUUCAUUUGGGUUCUAAAUUUCCACCUGUCUCCAUGCUCGCGUACCACACAUGGUAAAACAAAUUAUCUACCGUGUCAAUUCCUUUGAGAAUUGUAUAGGCGUCUUAAUAUUUUCCCUAACUUUUCUGUCUUCCAGUGUCGUGAGGUUUAGUUCCAGUAAUCAUUCCUCAUAGCUUAUACUCCUCAGCUCGGGGACUAUCCUGGUGCGAUACCUCUGAACCUUUUAUUACUUCAUUUUGUAUUUGACUAGAUAUGGACUUCUCGCUAGAGCCGCAUACUCCAGUAUUGGUCUGACAUUUGUGGUAUAAAAGGUUCUGAAGGAUUCCUUACUCAAGUUCCUAAAGCGAUUCUUAUGUUUGUCAGCCUUGCAUAUGCUGCUGAUGAAAUACUUUUCAUAUGGGCUUCAGGGGACAGGUCUCACGUGAUAUAUCAACCGGCAGAUCUCUCUCUUCCUGACUCCAGAAGGAUUUCAACUCCGAACUGGUACCUUGUGUUUGGCCUUCUGCUCCCUGAACCUAUCUUCAUCAUUUUACACUUGCUUGCCUUAAACCCUAGCAACCAUUUUUGGACCAUUCUUUCAGUCUUUGCAGGUCAUCUUGAAAUCUCUUGUUGUCCUCCUAUGUCUUAUCCCUCCUCAUAAUUUUAGCAUCAUCAGCAAACAUUGAGAGGAAUGAGUCUAUACUCUAUGAGAGAUCAUUUACAUAUAUCAGAAACAGGAUAGGUCUGAGUACAAAACCCUGUGGGACUCCACUGGUAACUUCACGCCAUUCUGAGGUCACACUCCUCAAAAUAACUCUGUUGCCACAACACUCAGCCUUAAGACUUGUCAACUUGAGUUUGGCCAGACACAGCACAGGCCACCAUUGACCUUCCACACAUCCGUCAAGCUGGCUACACUGACAACCACAGCCCCCUCAACACACCUCAGUAGCUGACUAUACUGACAUAACCCCAGCCCCCUCAACACACCUCAGUAGCUGGCUACACUGACAUAACCCCAGCCCCCUCAACACACCUCAGUGGCAGGCUACACUGACACAACCCCAUCAACACACCGCAGUGGCAGGCUACACUGACACAACCCCAUCAACACACCGCAGUGGCAGGCUACACUGACACAACCCCAUCAACACACCGCAGUGGCAGGCUACACUGACACAACCCCAUCAACACACCGCAGUGGCAGGCUACACUGACACAACCCCAUCAACACACCGCAGUGGCAGGUUACACUGACACAACCCCAUCAACACACCGCAGUGGCAGGUUACACUGACACAACCCCAUAAACACACCGCAGUGGCAGGUUACACUGACACAACCCCAUCAACACAUAUUCAUCCUUCUCAAGAAACCGAUAUUUUAGCGUCUCUGCAACACACUGGGGAAAUAUGCAACAACUCAAAAAGUUAGUUUUACCCUCCCCGUGGACCGGGAAGGUUGCUACUGCUCAACCUAUAUUAAAACCCUUCGUAUUUUCCCCCCAAAAAAUAUUUCUGUACUGAUGAAGAAUGACUUUUUCCUUCUUACUGUGCAUGUUAAUUUCUUCAACACUUUUGUGUAAUCUAUAAUAUUUUUCAAAUAUUUUAUUUAUGAAUCAAUAGGUAAAUAUAUCUUUGCACGUAAAUCAGUUAAAAUAUCAAUUUUAAUUAAUAUUGUAAAUUUACAAUAGAGCAGAGGUUGACUAAUUCUUAAGUACAACCUAAUUUCUGUAUUAUGUAUCAGUUUUUAAUUAUUUAAAUUAAUGGCAAUGAAAAUAAAACUUGUUCUUUUACAGAGCUCAGUGUUAUCUUAUACAUCUUUUUUUUACACCUGCAAAUGUUCUUUGCAAAUUAAGUACAUAUAUGUAAAAAGAACAAAAGCUGUAGUGUAAAUAUUUGAAUAAAAUUUUAUGCAAGUCAUGUCUAAAUUGAGAUAAUAUUCGCAAUAAGAGUG